AUGAUGUUCACUUUACUAUUAUUGUGUGGUUACACUUUGGCUAUUAAUUAUUGUGAUUAUGAUGCUACUGGGAGAUUUUAUGCAGGAACAAAUGAAUGUCCACAAACAAAUGGUGUUAAUUAUGAGUAUCGUAAGAUGACAAUCACUGAUGUUCCUUAUGAAACUAUCAUUUUAGAAGAUGUUGAUUUAAAUAUUUUCUUUGGAACAAAUGAUACUUCAUUCACUCCUAAAAAUGUUAUUAUUAAGAAGUCAAAAACAUUCUCAAACAUGAAAUAUUCUUUUGUUAAUGGGAUAUCCACCAUUACUUUAGAUGGUAUUUUUGAACAUAAUACAAUUAAUAGUUAUGAUAUUCAAGAUAUCACAUUCCAUAUUCUUGAUUUUAAAGCUACUUUUGUGAAUAAAGAUGAUUCUAAAUAUAUUAAAGUAAUUAAAAAUGGUCCAACAAAUCAAUUAAACACUAUCACUUUUAAGGGACUAUUUAAUGUUAAUCCAAUUACAUUUACUGUUAAUGCUUGUGAUUAUGUUAUGACUGGUAAUGACAUUACAUUGGAAGAUCAAAGUCAUGUUUAUAAAUUGGAAUGUGAUAAUCAAAUUAAAUACUUCUAUUGUGAAGGUGUAUCUCAUGUUGAACCACAAUGUCUUGAUAAUCAAGAAAAAGUAUUGAUUGAUAUAUCUGUUAAUGAUGUCUUUACUAUCUAUGGAUCAUCUAUUCAAACAAUCGUUUCUAAUUCUAAUGCAUCUACAAUUAAAAUUAAUUCUGCAAAUGAUAAAUCUGAAAAUGUAUUAAUUUCUUUACAACCUCAUAGUUAUAAUUUAAGAGUUAUCAAUAAGGAAUCUACUGUUUAUGCAUCUAAAAUUAUUGAUGGAACUGUUCAAUUUAGCCAAAGUACUACUUGGAAGAUAACUACAGAUGCAUUGAUUGAUUCAAUCUUAGUUGAUGAAAAAGAUCUUAUUGUUGUUGGUAUGAAUGGAAAGAAAAUUAAUAAUAAUAAUGGUGUUUAUUCUGUUGGAAUAAAUGGUCAAUGUGAAGCUGCACAAAUAGGUAAAGAGUUUAAAUGUAUUUCAGAUGAAAGUUUAUCAGAUAAUUCUUCUGAAAAUAGUGAAACUAGUUUGUCAAAUGAUUCUUCUUCUAUUUCUGAGUCUUCUGAAAAUGUUGAUAGUGAAAGUCACUUUUCAGAUAAUUCUUCUGAAAGUGGGGAUAAUGAGAGUAGUUUGUCAAAUGAUUCUUUUUCAUCUUAUGAGCCUGAGUCUUCUGAGACUAGUUCAAGUCAUGGAAGUACUGAAACUUCAUCAGAAACUAGUAAAACUCAGAGUAGUGAAUCAAAUUCAAUGACUAAUAAUUCAGAUGAUAGUAAUAAUAAUACUGAUAAUGAUGGACUAAGUGGUGGUGCAAUAUUUGCCAUUGUUUUGGCUCUAUUGAUUGUUUUGAUUAUCAUCAUUAUUAUCAUUGGUGUUCUUGUUUAUUUCUUCAUCUUCAAACCAAAGAAACAAUCUACAUAUACUGGAAUUUAA